AUGUCGGCAACUUUAAAGCCGUACUGUAUGCAGGUACAUUUGUUUGGGGCGACGACUUCACCCAGUUGCACGGCAUUUGCACUGAAACGAACUGCGACUGACAAUGCCGAAUUAUUUGACCCGGAAGUAGGGUCUACGGUUCAUAAGAAUUUCUAUUUAGACGAUUGUCUUAAAUCUCUGAGGUCAGAAGAGAAUGCGAUUCAUCUGGCAUCUGAUUUGAAGGUCUUGUUGAGUUUAGGUGGAUUCCGACUAACGAAGUGGCUAAGCAACAGCAGGAAAGUGUUAGAUGCGAUACAGGAAUCGGAACGCGCUACGUCUAUUGUUCAGCUUGAUCCUGGUAAUGCACUUCCGACUGAGCGCACAUUAGGCGUCACGUGGAAUAUAAACGAGGACGCGAUAAGGUUUGAAAUAAAACUGACUGAAAAACCUUUGACGCGACGUGGCAUUUUAUCAGUUGUGAGUUCGAUAUUCGACCCGCUUGGAUUAGUUUCACCUGUGACAUUACGCGCUAAAGCAAUCAUCCAGCAACUAUGCAGAGAGAAGAUCGGCUGGGACGAAGCAAUACCAUCACGCUAUCGUUAA